CUAUUGCAGCCUUCCUCUCCUCUGAUCGCGCGCAAGAGGAGAAGAAGAAGAAGCAAACUUCUACUAGUACUAGCAAAGACAAAAACUCCAUCCCCCACCCCCUCCUCGCCUCGCCUCGCCUCCUCCGGCGAUGGCGACGACGGUAGCAACCCGCGGCGCCGCGCUGGCAUUCCGGCGGCGCCUCUCGCUCCGCCUCUUCUCCCACUCCUCCGCUUCCGCCUCCCUCCCCCUCCUCCUCGGCCACUUCCACCACCCGAGGCCGGUGCCACCCAGAGGCAGCCCCGGCGACCUAAACAUGGCGCCCAACGUCCCCGCCUUCCAACCCCUCACGCCAUCCUCGCCGCGCUUCUCCCUCGACUUCGUCCCCGACCUCUCCCGCUUCACCAUCCUCGACUCCCACCUCGGCCUCCUCCUCCUCCGCCGCCACGACGACCACGGCGACGCCUUCCUCGCCUGCGACCCCGUCUCCCGCCGCCACGCGCUCUUCCACCCGCCGCCGACGAUGGGCAGGUACUCCGGCGGCACCGUCUUCAGCGCCGCGCUGCUCUCCCGCGAGGCGGACGCCGGGGGGCUCCGCUUCGAGGCCGUCUGCGUCGCCGUCGACGCCGACGCCCCGCGCGCCUGGGUCGCCACGUGCCGCGACGGCGACUGCCGCUGGCGCGCCCUGCCGCGGUCGCGCGACGUCGCCAUCGAGUUCGACCCCUACUGGCUGGAGAGCCACUGCGUGCGCGCCGCGGGGAGCCUCUACUGGCACAUCUGCAACAACCCCUGCGCGCUCGCGCUGGACGCCGCCACGCUGCAAUUCUCCUUCCUGCGGGCGCCGGCGGCGAUGUGGGACUCAACCACCCACCACAAGUACCGCGUCGGGGAGUCGCCGGUGGACAAUGCUUGAUCAAUUGCUUAAUCAGAUCGAUGAAUGGUGGUGGCUUUUGGGAGGAGUUCUGACUUCUGAGAACAUAUUUGAAUCUAUGAAUCGCUACAGUUCACUCUCCAUAGGAAGCUGUAGUUUUUGCCCUUUAGGAAGUAUGGAUGCUUUGGUGGUGUCUCUGCUUAGUCAGGCAAACACAUAUUGGGCUGCUUGAAACUCCGUAAAUCACUAAUAUGUUUUUCAUGCUUCGGAAUGAUAGAUUAACAUUAGUUAUGCGCUGGUCUUUUGCAACCUAUUUGUAUCUAAAAGCUGUAAAAUUCAGAAAUUAGUAUCCAUUUUUACUUUCAAUUCUCUCUCCUACCUUGUAUAUGUUAGUACUAUGCAAUAUAUGACGUUGUUAUGAUGAA